AUGCGAGGGUUACAUUUAUUUUUGAUGGGUCACUUUCAUACGAUAAUGGAAAACAGAAGCUGAACAGGAGAUUGACUUCCAGGAAACAUGGUAAAGAGAGUGAAUGACCUAUGUGAAAGUUCUUUGGAGAGGUUCUCGGUAAAUGUGUAAGAGUGUUAAUGACAAGUGGAGAAUACGGUAGUGCAUUCAUCACCCACAUGCAUACAUGUACAUUAAUGUAAGCAAUGCUUCAUCAUAAGCAGAUAAAUGUUCCAUAAUUCAUUGUAUGAUGAGUAUGUUGAAUGCCAUUGAAAUGAGAAACAACACACAGCAGUGUACUUCCACAUGUCAUCUGUUUACCUGUACUGCGCUGUGUAAUGUGAGCAGGUCAUUCACUUUUCCUGGUAGCAAAGAUGAGGAUGGCAAAAUGUUAUCUCCUUGAACUUCAAACUUUAUCCUUUCCUCAAGCAAACAGUUCUCAGUUUGUGUGCUUGUCAUCACAGCCUUAGUUAAAGAUGUUGAGAGUAGACAGUUGGUGUGUUGGGCCUUUGUGUUGUCAAGUCGUCUGAUUUCUCAGGAGACCGGAAACACGAACUACGUACAUGUACUUGGUAGAUCUGCUGCUCAUCUGCUGUGAGUGUUGCUGAUCCUCUUAUGGAAACUGUUAUGCACAUCUGUGCCUUUGAAAUUGAUGGUAGAGGAUAGUGAAGACGACCCAAAGAAGUAAACUCAUGUCUCCAUAGCCUUCAAGACAGUGUAGGAGUAGGACUAGCAGCAAUGUCUGAGGACCUGGUCCAUCCAGGGGCCAUUAUCAAGGACCGCUGGAAAGUGACCAGAAAAGUUGGUGGUGGUGGAUUUGGUGAAAUCUAUGAAGCUCAAGACCAAGUUCUUGAAGAGGCAGUGGCACUCAAGUUGGAGUCAGCCCUCCAACCAAAACAAGUCCUGAAGAUGGAAGUGGCUGUCCUCAAGAAGUUGCAAGGUAAAGACCAUGUGUGUAAGUUCAUUGGCUGUGGACGCAAUGAUCAAUUCAACUAUGUAGUCAUGUCUCUGCAAGGUUCCAACUUGGCUGAGCUUCGUCGUAGUCAACCCAGGGGAACAUUUACCGUAACCACUACCCUUCGUCUGGGUGUACAGAUCCUAGAAGGCAUUGAAAACAUUCAUGAAGUGGGCUUUCUUCACAGAGACAUUAAACCAUCCAACUUUGCCAUGGGUCGCCUCUCAAGUAAUUGCAGGAAAGUUUACAUGUUGGAUUUUGGUCUUUCACGGCAAUAUACCAACUCACAGGGCCAAGUUAGAACACCAAGACCUGUUGCAGGUUUCCGGGGUACAGUUCGUUAUGCCUCAGUCAAUGCACACAAGAACAAGGAAAUGGGUAGACACGAUGACUUGUGGUCACUUUUCUACAUGUUGGUGGAAUUUGUCAUUGGUCAACUGCCAUGGCGUAAAAUUAAAGACAAGGAGCAAGUUGGCUUAAUGAAAGAGAAGUACGAUCAUCGCUCCAUGUUGAAGCACAUGCCUUCUGAAUUCAAACAGUUUCUGGAGCACAUACAGAAUCUUCAGUAUCAAGAUAAGCCUGAUUACAAGUUCCUCCACUCUUUGCUGGAUCACUGCAUGAACAGGAAGGGUAUCAAAGAAUCUGAUCCGUAUGACUGGGAGAAGAUCUAUGCUGACGGUUCACAGACUACCACCACUGCUUCACUUAGCCCAGCCAAGGAACCUAAGCAAGGAGUUCCUGACGUCCCCCCAGCAAACACAGACAUAGUGUUAGAAGAAAACAUCAGCUUCCGUGACAACAUGAAGGAGGCCCAAGUAGAAGUGCAACGCAUCAAUGCUGUGGAUGCCCCAGAAAAAGUGGAUGAGAGCCAGGAGAAGAGAGAUGCAGAGAAAGAGAUUGAUGAAGAGGAAGAAGAAGAAGAGGAAGAGGAAGAAGAGGGAGAGGUCAAUGAGAAUGAGAAUGUUGGAUCAGAGAGGGAAGGAGAUACACCUGAACAGGAAGGUCGGGAACCCCAAGAGGGAGAGAUUGUCCUGGACAAUAAAGAGAACGAGAAGCGAGAUGUUCCUAAGAAGUGCAAACGAGCGAUAAGUAAACGACGCCGGAUGUUGCAUCGACGUCAGAAGCCCAAGCGGCUGCGGACCCAUGACAGCCAUGCCAUCAUGGAGGGUGAAGUUAGUACCUUCAGGGAAGGCUUUGGAGUCAGUGAACGAGAUCCUUCCCUUCUAGAGGAGAACCUUGUACCUGCACCCAAUAGCAAGCUGCUCCCUGUCCGCUCAUUUGCUGAGCCUGUCCAACAAGUGCAAUUGCCGCCUGAGGCACAGUGUGGCGCCGAGGGCAAACUGACUAUAAAGACUGUCCCUUGUAUCAAGGAGACAAAGCCCCCACCUUGGAGGGCCAACACCCCACCACUUGUAGGAGCUACUAUGCAAAAGCAGGAAAAUCACAACCGCGCAAAAUCCAGUGCAAAUGAACUCCGUCCAUCUGCCAUAACCAGGCUUCAAGAAGCUGAAAGAGACAGAAGUAGGAGUGUUCCUGAAACAGACUCUGGGGAUGCCUUUCAGCAUGAUGGAUCCUUGGAUGAAGUAGACAAAGAUAAGUUAACCCGCUUGCCCGAGGGUGCAUCCAGAAUACCUAGACCAAGUCAUCUCAGUCAUGCUGCAAAAGAACUUGAAGUAUCUGCACAGACACUUCCCAGAGAAGGGCGGAUUGGCUUUGAGAAUCCACCCAUUAUUAAGGUGAGUGCUGAGCAUGCUGAAGUUCAACAGCAACCUAAAUCUGUUGAGCUUCAAGAGGCUGGCACUGCCAAGAAGGCUGCAAGCCUGGGACGCACAGUCACUCCCCCUCAGGAACUCCUCAAGCCAGUGGCAGUCAAAAUUGGUGCUGAGGGUCAUGACGGACAAACCCCUGGUAAACCCAAGGGUGACCCUGUUUCAGAUAAACAAGUAGAUGCUUGCCAUGAAAAGAUUGAAACUGGAAAGAAGGACAAACAAGUUGUGAAAACAGCCUGGGACAGUUUGCAAGUGACUGAAGAGAAACAAGAAAAUCUGCACUUUCCUCAGGGAGCCGUUAGUGACACAGUUACAUCAAACAAACCUGAGCAAAAACAGAGCACAGAGGGAUUAAAUGUUCCUUCAGACUCUGACAAAGCUACUGUUCUGCUUAAGAUUAAGCAGCAGGUUGUUCAACCUAAGGAGCAGAUGGUUCAAGAUGUGAAGAAGACAGAGCCUGAGCCACAGGUGAUGCGAAUUGAGUCCCUGGAGAAGGAUAGCACAGAGCAAACGACUAAGGCAGAUGAAGAACCAGUCGCAGUUCCUCAACAGGAAUUGUUCAUCAAUGAACCGUUGCCCAAAGUUAUUGAUGAAUACAAAGAGGAAAACACUGGAAUUCAGAAAAAAGCAGACUUGGAUGAUGUAGUCUUGAAUGUUCCUAUGGAUGUUGGUAAGAUAACGGAGCAUAUUGCCUCAAAGGGCCUCGCUGAAGAGGCGGAAAAGGUGCCUGUCUUAACAAACAACAUGGAAGUACCACUGAAAAGCAGUGCUAAACCAGUAAAUGCCUCAAGUCCCAUUCAGUUUCAUGACAAUGGUCUAGCCACGGAUCGUGCUGCCAUGGAACUACUACUUGGUGCAUUUUCUUGGAAUGAGCCAGAACCUCUGAAGGACCCCAAACUUAAUACCACCCCAAGGGAAAAUUGGUGUGAGAAAAAUUUAAGAAAUGAGAAGAGCUUGCAAGAAGAGCUUCGGGCAGCAAGGUUAGCUGAUAAAGAGGAAGGUAAUGCCUCAUCGAAGCUUAGAAAUGCACAUGCUAACCAGAGUGAUGUUCCCACUGGGUUUACAGCUUUUAAGGACGGGAAGCUUGACUUGGAGCUCUCUGAUGACAAGGGGGGACAGAACCUCCAACAGAGGCUUAAGCUUGAAAGUGACAAUCAGGACUCAGGGCCACUGACGCCUUUCUCUCUGGAAGAGGAUGUUAAGGCAGUGAAGCCUGUUCAGGAUGAGUUGCCAAGGGGGGGAGACAAGAAAAUGGAGGCUCAUGAGUAUUACGAGAGAACCACGUCAUCCAUUGAACAUUCCUCUAAGGAAGCUCCAGUUAAAUCACCCUCCAUGGACCGACAGGAAAUGGAGAAUAUUCUGACUGAAUUGAAUGGCGUUGAUGGCAGUGCCAAAAAUCAGAGGGACUAUCUUUCCAAAGACCGUCUUGCACUGAAGCCUGCUGCUCAGCCAGAAAUUUCACCAAAAAGUUCGGAGAUUGGGGCAAACAUAGCUGUCAGAGCCAAAAUUGGCCCUACCGAGGAGAAAGCAGAGCAAAAAAAGAAGAGAUUGAGCCACAGGAGUUCAGAAAAUGCCAGGUCUGCCACACCUAAAACAGACGAAAGUGAAACUGUGUCUGGUGGCUCUGGGAGGAGUGAGCGAAAAGGUCGAGGACCUGUUCGAGCUCGCCAACUCCCAAGUAUCCCGACACCGAAGAAGGAAACACCUGCUGCUGAGGGCACAAGUGGGGCGCCAGUACCAAAACAGGAUAGCCCAACCAAGGGACAGCCAUCAGGGAACCCUCUCCAAAGGAAAGGCUCCUUGGGCAAGACCCGUAAGCUUCCUGAAGUGCCCAAAAUACUGCUGCAAAACAAGCUGGGUAACCGACUGCGGUUAGACAAAUCACCUAACAGGACAGCAGAAAUGAGUUCAGAAGACAAAGAGCGGCAGUCCUCCAAGAAUGAAAGACGGCAACGGAUUGCAUCAAACCCAACAUCCGAUACCUUAGAAGAUGCAAGCUUCCAGUCGGAGAAUGUGCAAUCAAUUCAGCUCAGGAAAACACAGGAAUUCAAAGUGACUGUUCAAUCACCACCACCCUCAGCAAGCAAAGAUCCAAGCCGAGAAGCAGAAAUCAAAGUCUUGAGUGUAGAACCUUCAUGUACUUAUGCAAUCAUGGAGAGUUUGUCUCAAGAGGAUGGGGCGGCCAAUGCUGAUAUUUCAGAAUGUGCCACUCAGCAGCAGGAACCUAGCUUCUUUCUGGACAUGAGUGCAUCAGUCAAGAGGGAGGAACCAGUGAAUGUCAUGAAGGUAGAGCUUCCAACCAAACAAAAAGACUCCAUCAAAACACAAUCACACACAAGCAAAGAUGCCAAGACUUCCAGAGCCACAAUGAAACCACCCAAUCUAAUGGUCUUCUCCAAAAAGCCAGUCAUCAAAAAACAACUUACCGGGAACGUGAUUUACACUAAAACAGACCCCCAUGACAAGGCAGCCUCACCAGUAGCACAGAAAAAGACGUUAAGCUCCAAAUCAGCUGAGGAGUCAACUGUGCCUUCUUCCAGGAGAUCAGGUGCAGUACCAUCAGGAGCGAUGACAAGUGCAGACACACCCUCAAGGGAUGCUGGGAGCACUCCCAAAGGUGAUAAAUCUGAAAACAAAAUCCUAAAUGAUUUGAGGAAGGUGUCUGUGGCAAGUUCCAACUCAGCUGAUUGGAAUAGCAAUGGCUCCUGCACUUCAACCCUGAAGGACAGCCAAGCUAGUCCAGCAACACCAACAGUUUUGUCGCGAGCUGAAAAGGGCCAAGAGUCAGUCUCCACAUCAACGCCUAAAACAGCAGUGCUGAACUCUGCCAAAGAAGCUACAGAUAAACAUGUACAACAGCAGGUUGAAGCUGUAAGCAGUACCAUGAUACAGAAGAGCAUAAGGGGUCUAAUCCUAAUGUCUUGCCAGAAGUAAGAGUGUAUGAGCCUUCCAU